AGUUCCACUUCAUAUCCAAGACGACGCGUGUCACUUUCCGUCACUUCUCACUCGACUUCUCACGGUCCUGGUCCAGGAUCAUAUUCACAGCCACACCCCGGGUCAGUGCGUAGACGACGAAGGACAAUGUCUAUCACACUGGCACGACCCAGCAUGUCGAGGACGAAGAAGACGGCUAUCGUCUUUCUGGUCUUAUUGUCACUCGUGUUGAUAGGAACGGUAGUGGUGCUCAGUACCGUGUCUUACUAUCUUGCUAUACCCACCAUGGCAUAUCUGACUGAGGAAGAAGUACCAUGGAGAGCAGAGGAUGUCAUUGGUCCACUUCGAAAUUCGGACAUGCCCCAGAUCCGCGCUGAACAUCCUACCAUAGGACGAUUCUCAGAAGAGGAGAUGACAGAUGGUGACGAAGUUGAAGGGGAGAAUGGGUAUGAUGAAGAACAGCAAUGGGAGGAUGAGAUGUGGGGACCGGACGGAAAGGGUACAGGAGGUUAUUGGAUGAGAGCAGGUUGGGAAGGUCAAGUACAAGGGACUGAUUCUUGGCAGAGAUUGUUCAAUGUCACGACGAGACCUGGAGAAAAGAUCCCCCGUCUCAUUCACCAAACAUGGAAGAAUGAUCAGCUUCCUGAAAAAUGGCGUGAAGCAUGGAAAGAAUGUCGAGAGGGAAUGCCAGAUUACGAAUACAUGUUGUGGACCGACGAUCUGUCGAGAGCUUUCAUCGCUGAAUAUUAUCCAUCCCAACUGCACAUGUUCGACAGUUACAAGUACCCAAUUCAGAGAGCCGAUUCUAUCCGAUAUUUCGUCUUGAACCAUUUUGGCGGUGUAUACAUGGAUCUAGAUAUUGGAUGUCGGCGUCGUCUUGAUUCCCUGCUAAGAGGUGAUUGGGAAGUAGUAUUGCCAGUUACCAAACCUGUCGGAGUGUCAAACGAUUUGAUCUUGUCAAGCAAGGGGUCAGCUUUCAUGGAUGAUACUGUUCAUGCCUUAUCGGCUUUCAAUCAUGAGUACUUGACAAAUUAUCCUACAGUCAUGUUUUCGACUGGCCCGAUGUUCCUCUCAGCCCAAUACGCAAUCUAUUCCUCCGCCCACCCCCUCACCCCCACUCGUCCUCGAGCCCAAGUCCGUAUACUUCCCAAAACACUCUACGGUAAAAACGCCGCUCCAUCCUCUGUGCCCCACUCGUUCUUCUCCCAUUACUACGGCUCCUCCUGGCAUUCGGACGAUGCAGGCUUCAUCACUUUCCUCGGUAAAUGGGGUAAAAACCUCAUGUAUCUUUCUUUCAUCGUCAUCCUAAUCGGUGCCAUUCGUUUGGUCUACCAGCGUUAUCGAUCAUCUUCAAACGAAUAUCAACUCGUUUCACUCCUCCCUAUUUCCCUUCCCAACGUUGGUGUUUCUCUUCCUGACACUCAUACCACAUCUGGUACUAGUACACCUACUACACCUCCUACUUCCCGUUCCACGCUCACUUCUUCUACUUCUGCCACUUCCGAAGGUCCUUUUUCACCCACAUUGGAUUUAAUCACUUCCGAUCGAUUACCAAGUGAAAUAGCCAGUGCUUUCAGACGUGCUGGACAUUUGAUCUUGGCUGCACCUGCUACUUUGUUAAGUAGGACGGGUAGGAGAAAAACAGGUUUAUUAUAUUACGUUCCUGCAUUGUUUCAACCCACUCAAACUUCAAGAAGAGGUAGAACAGCUUCUGAAGCUUCUCAAUUACCAUUAAGAACACCUAAAAGACAAAGAAGUGAUCCUCCAUCACAUCAUUAUCAACAACCUCGACCGACAUCCCCAUCUCAAUCCUCCAAUCAAUAUUAUCAGACGCAAAUGAAAUCAGGAGGACAAUACGAUGAUGGUAGUAGUCCUUCUCGUGUUCGAACUCAACGGACAGAAGCUCCACCACCAUACGAUCCACACGAAUUGCAAUCACGACAGAGAGAAGAGAAUAAAGUGGAGAAUGACGCAGAGGAAGAGAAAGAUACAUUGUUAAGAUCUGUUGAUGGUUUGGAAAGAACAACCGAUCAAAGUGGUUCUCACGAUGAUUGGGAUAGAUCACAAAGAUGGAGUCAAGAUCAAAACACGCAUGGUGAUGAUACUUAGAUUUAAGAUGAUUUUUCAUCUUUGAGGAAUACUUGAGAUCCUCUAUACACGUGGGAGGGAAUUUUGUAUAUUAUUGUCAAGAUGAUAUAGGGACUAUGCAUCCCGAUAGGACUU